GCGGCCAGAGCGGACGGCGGAAGGCCCGGCGAGGGGCCCGCUCGGAGGACAUCCGGAUACACGGCGUCGAAAGGCCUCCACGUGGCGCUCAAAAUGAUGCUGAUCGGCUUUCUGGCGACUACCGCGAUGAUCUCUCUCGCCCGAUCAUCUUCGAUCUCCUACUCGACGUUUCGCAGGAGAGAAGUGCCGAUGCUGGAUCGGCCCGAAGUCCUUCUCCUGUUCGAUCGGGCACCGAGUCUGGAGAACGAGCCUUUCGACUCGAGCAACGAGCCGGCGUCCUCGCUGGUGCGUCCCAAGAGGAUCGGAUCUCUGUCCAUCGUGAAUCCUCUGGACGUCCUGCGACAGCGGGUCCUGCUGGAGCUGGCCCGCAGGAAGAUGCGCCAGGAUCAGCAACAGGUCGACGCCAAUCGUCGAUUCCUGGAGACCAUCGGGAAGAGGUCCGUUCCUAGUCUCGAGCCGAAGGACUUCAGGGACUCCCAGGACCUGGAAGAAGACCCUGAGGUCGACUCGGCCAACGACGACGACCCUCGCCGAUCCUUGCCCAGUCGGCAUCCAGGAGAGGACCGGGAUGGACCGGUCGCUCCUGGCAGGAAAACCAACAGGAUCCAGGAUUGGCUCGACUCUGACGACGACCUGAGGAGGAGCCAGGACGAUCGGACGCGUAGGAUGCAGCUCGACGAGCUGCACCUUCUCUAACUUCCGAGUUCAACGAAUCGAGAGGGGAAAGAAGCCCGAAAUUGAGACUGGCAAACUCCUCGCCCAUCCGUGUGCGGUUCUCCAGGUUGACGACAUCAUCCAUGACUUUUCCGUAGACCGAGGAAAAGGAAACGCCACCGAGCCGAAGAUAUGUUUCCUUGGACAGUGCCUGAGGAACGGUUUAAUAAUUCAAGGAAUAAUCCCCUGAAACGAUCCUCUGGAAUCGUGACUAGUUAUAUCGGUUCAUUAAGGUCUGAUAAUUAUUCCUUGAAUUAGAGGUACAUUUCUUUGGGUCGUGAACCCUCUCUUUUUCCUCGGUCCUCGGUUUCGAUCCCAGUUGAAUUCCUCUCUGCCGUUCGGUUCCCCGACCUCGAGGAGGACCUCGACGGACCACCUCGUGGAGUCGGCGAUGUCGACCGAUCGCUCCCAAGUAUUCAACUCUUCUAGGGCAUUGUUCAUUUCGGUAGUUCGACUUUGGUAGAACCUUGUCUCCUGUAGAUUGACCAAAUACGUCUAAGGCUCGAGAGGGAUUCAUCGACGGUAGAGUUGUCCCCGUUGUCGUAGAUGUUUAGCGGCUACUUUAUUAAUUGACGUUAUCGAUAAGUAAGCAGCCAUGUUCUAGAAAAUGCUUCCAAGAGGGCGACGAAGAGGUCGGUCCCUGGUCAUCAUUUCCACUUCCGGAUCCGCGUGAUUCGGGAAAUCUUAAUCGGAGACCUUAAGGUGAUACGAAAGUGGCGUUAAGCCGAUGUGAAAGUGGCGUCGAAGAGGUUUGCUUAUAACA